AUGCUUGCAGAAUGUCAACAACGAAAAGCUGAUGAUUUAAUAACGACUUAUUAUAAUCAUAAAAAAAAACGUGAACAAAUGUCACCACAUAUAUUUGCAAUAACUGAUGAUGUAUAUCGCUUAAUAUUACAAAAUCGUAAGGAUCAAUCAAUUUUAUGCACAGAUGAGUCUGGUGCUGCGUUUGGUAAUGCAAAAACAGUUAAAAAUGAUAAUUCAUCACGAUUUAGUAAAUUUAUUCGUAUUAAUUUUGAUAUAUCGAAUUUUAUCACUGAUGCGUCAAUUGAAAGAUAUUCACUUGAAAAAUCUCAAGAUUUUAAUCGUUAUCGAUGUUUAACACAUGGUCAUCUAACAAUAUCAAGUAUUGAUGAUGGUGAAGAAUUUUAA